AUGAGCCACCAGUCACCUCUACCUACGCAGGAUCUCCCCUGCGUCGACGGUAGACGGCAGAAGGUCAGGUGUUCGAAGACAGAGCCAUGUUUCAAUUGUCAACGCUUCGGCGCCGAGUGCGUCUACGAGGAUUCAGGCCGUCUAGUGAACCGACACACGCCUAAGUCGAAUGACCCGUUAUCCAGGCGAGUCGAAGAUCUCGUGCAGAAUCCGAGUCGUCGACCGCAGCAAGGACUCAAACCCGUCCGCUCAGCAGGAAACCCGAUGGAAACCAUGACCCAGAACAUCCAACACAGGUUCUCCGGUCAAGCUGCUACACCAGAAGAUGGUGCUACAGAUGGCAAACUUGUAUUCGAAAAGGACAGGUCCCGCUAUCUGCAGAAAGGUUUCUAG